UUGCCGCCGUCGUAUAUCAUGAGUUUUGUAUAAGCAGCCAGCUUGGCUGACUUAGUUCGAAUUCUUUGAUCGUGGUUUUCCAAAGUGUGAGGAGUGCGUGAAGUGAGUUCUUCGUGAUUGAGAGAAUUAUGUGAUUGUGAGUGAAUUUUCGUUGUUCCGAAGUUUUCGUCUUUCCCGCGCCACUAUUUUGGUGGUUGUGAACGGAGAAGAAUCGCAAAAGUUAUUGCAUGUGACUGCCAGUUUUAAAUAACUUUAUCUUAUACAGCCUUAAGUUUCAGGCUAAUAACUGAUUUUUAUUUUUUUGUCCCAAAUUUGGGAUAUUUUUAAGGUUGGAUCAUUCAACUAUGCUUCUAUGUAUUGACAUCUUAUCAUAACCGUUGAUAUCUUCAAGUAGCAAAGAUGCCGCUAAGAACUCCUUAUUACUCGGACUAUAAUCCUACAAGUGAUGAGCACUCAUCUGAUCAACAAUACCUAAUGUCAAGUGGCGCGAGAGGACGGAAUGGUCAUACCGAUCCCAGUUAUUACAGUGGGGACACCAUACCACUUCGACAUAUUUCAAGCAACACUGGUGGAACCGGGGAAAUUUCCAUCACACCGGCCAAGAAACGUAUAGGAACAUUGGAUGUCAUAAACCCUAUGGAACAAGAAACUUUGCUGGACCCUGGUCCGGUGAAGUUAGCGCCUUGUUGGGAAUCUCGACAUGCCCCAACCGAUGAGCUUAACUUUAAAACUACUACACCGAAAGGCGAAUUAGAUGGCAAACCACCUACAGAUAGGUUAAAUCUUGUGUUCUUGAUACUUAUGCUGCAUGGUGUUGGCACACUCAUGCCUUGGAACAUGUUCAUUACAGCAAAGUCAUAUUUUAUAGAUUACAAAUUAAAUGUCAAUGAUACUGACGUGUCCACAGAAGAAUACAGAUCGCAUUUUUUAUCAUAUUUGGGUGUUGCUGCUCAAGUACCGAAUGUCAUAUGUAAUGCUCUAAAUAUUUUUGUUCAGUUUGGAGGAGGAACAUUGACAUUUCGAAUUAUUGGUAGCAUUAUAAUAGAAAUCAUUAUAUUCAUAGUCACAGUUUUCUUAGCAAUGGUGGAUUCUUCAUCUUGGCCUGGUAUUUUCUUUUAUGUCACCAUGACAUCUGUUGUUAUUAUAAACAUGGCUAAUGGAAUAUAUCAAAACAGUAUUUAUGGGCUUGCUGCUAAACUCCCUAUGAAGUAUUCUAUGGCUAUUGUGCUAGGAGCUAAUACAAGUGGAACAUUCACAUCAUUAAUUCUAAUUUUGUCGAUUGCAGCUUCACCGAAUCUAAGAACUGCAGCUAUUUAUUACUUCAUCACUGCUUUAUUUGUACUCCUUGCUUGUGUUGAUACAUACUUUGCAUUGCCCUUAAUUCGCUUCUAUCGAUAUUAUGAUCGAUUAACUGAGAGAGCUAUGAUUGAAAAUCGAGCAAAUACUGGAAGACCACCUUACUGCAAGAUAUUUUGGAAGACAUGGACUCAGUGUUUCAACGUUUUCUUUGUUUUUUUUGUCACACUGACUGUUUUUCCUGCUAUACAUGCUGAUAUAGAGAUGGUGGAUAAGGAUUUCAUUAUACCUGAAAAAUAUUUCACUCCUGUAACUUGUUACUUAUGCUUCAACUUUUUCGCCAUGAUGGGAAGUUUGGUUCCAAACUGGAUAAAAUGGCCUGGACCCAGAUUUUUAUGGAUACCAAUUGUUUUGCGAAUAUUUAUGAUACCAUACUUCAUGUUAUGUAAUUACAAGCCUGAUAAAAGACAAAUCCCAGUUUUAAUAGAUAAUGAUUGGGCUUACUUCGGAAUGGCUGUUGCUUUUGGAUUUACUAGUGGCUAUUACAGUAGCUUAGCUAUGAUGUAUGCUCCAGGGUGUGUUGAAAAAGAACAUGCUCCAAUCGCAGGAAUGAUGGCUGCAUUGUUUUUAGUUCUUGGUAUAGUCUGUGGUGUAAAUUUUACUUUCUUUGUAUCCUGGCUGGUUGAAACAAAGCUAUUUUGAUUUCUUUUUAUAUCGGAUGGGAAAAUUUGAUCUGAGUAAAAUGAAGUUUCCUAGAAGAAAUAAAACUUGAAAAUAUCUUUCAUCUUCAUUAAACUUCCAGUGUUUCAUAAUAUGUUGUAAAUAAAAACAACAUCCAAAAUACAAGAGUUUGUGACAUUUCCUUUGUACAGACUGUUUACAUAAUCUCUAGCGGACUUUGUUACGAGUUGUACUUUUUACAGCUGACAGAAGUUGCAUUUGUUAUACAUGUCAUGUAUAGUUUAUUGCUGUUUUCUAUUGUAAACCGUACAUUUCUAAUGCCCAGUGGAUAGAAGAUAAUUGUUAAUUCUUUUUGUGUGUGUAUGUAAAUAUAUUUCAUUUGUACUUAACAACAAAAAAGCUCUCCCUCUCAUGUUUUGAUAUAUCUUGUAUCUUUUCCCCCAUAGGUUUGUUUGAAAUGUUUCAGUAUUUGUUAACCGUCCUUGAUUGUAUAAUUGUCUUUUAUACUAUUUGAUCAAAACAUUGAAACUUUGAAUUAUUAUUUAUAUUCGUAAUGCAAUGCAUUGUGUAGCUACGAAUGCUAAUGAUAAUGUGCGAUUAUGAAUUACAAUGCCAAAAUUUGAAAAUAUUGCAACUGUUUUUUACUUUACCUUGACACCAUUGAAAGAUGGUACUAGUUAUAGUUAACGAUUUAUUUAUUCUACCAUUUUUUAGAAUUUUACUGUUAUAUGCACUCUUGAAAAGGCAAAUUUUUUUUUUACUGAAAACCAAGCUUGGAUGCUAACAAUUUUUCAGGUGAUACUGUAAUUUAAAACUUUGAAUACUAUUCGAUAGUGUGCACUUACUAUGUUACUUGAAAAAACUUUUAAAACGGCUUUAAUACAAACUUUUGUAGCAGAAUAAGUUGAUUUUAAUAGUAAUAAAUAUUUUGAAAUUAACAAUGGUUAAAGGGUAGUUUAAAAUUUGAUUCUUUUUUAAUGUUGAUUGAUGUCUGAUAUCACAAAGCAAUUGUUGUAAAAUUUGAAUACACAAUUUAUAAUUUAGAUCUGUGGCAUUGCAUUCUAAAUGUUAUGCAUAUCAAGAUGUUGUAAUAGAUUCUUUGUCUUUUUGAUAAUUAUUUAUAAUAAAUGUUUAUGUAAAAGUGUAAAAACAUUCAUAGUUCAAUAACUUUGGCUGUUUAGUUGGAAAUAGAACUAGUCUCAUUGCAGCAUUUUGGAAUCCUGUUUCAAACUUUGUAUUUGUAACUCAUGUUCAUGGAAAUAAAAAUAAAUUUCGU